UUGCGCUUUAUCUGAACCGCAGGCGGCAGCAACAGCGGCAGCGGCAAAAGUCCAAGGACAAGUCGGAGCUGGAGACCAGCGAGGAUGCCGCAGGGUGGUGCCUCGAAGCCAACGCUGAAGACAACGGCAGUCAUCUCUGCCAGAGCAGCAGGUACCUCGACUCGCUGAAGCUCCUGCUUUCAGCACAGACCAAUGGUGACCAGAUACCUGCGAAAGAUGGUCUGCACUGUCAGCGAGCAGCAUAUUUCGGUAGACGAGUGCAGGCGGCUAUUUGAUGGUAAUGACGGCGUAAUCGACUUGCUGCUGCGAUACUACGACAGACUCUGCAUAGCACUAUGCUCCGACGUGCCUGCCGGACAGUCUGCCGACAGUCGCCUGUCUGAGACUGCCCUGCGCACGCUGGAGCAGGUUCAUGAGGCGAUAAUUGACUGGACCAACGACUCGCUUAUGUCGGGGAUGUCACCCAUGGACUACGAGAAGGCUAUUAGGUACGGCCUGGUUGCGUUGCAGCUGUUGAGCGGUGUUCUCAUUCGGCAGCUGUUACCAAGCGAUAUGUACCAGUGCAUGCGUGCCGAAUGGAUCAGGACAACAGAUAGCGUCUUGCAGUCGGCCAUGCGCGAGCAGGUGUAUCAAAAUCUCGACCUCGAGUACCGAAUUGCCAAGGAGUGGGCCGACUACGAGCUUGCGGUGGUUUCUAACGAUGUUGAUCUUGCUGAGCAACACAUUGCCCGCUGCGAGGAGCUGUUUGACACGCUGCAGACACAGCAAGGCGAUGGCAGCUGGAUGGGUAGCACCAAGUGUGCGUUCUCUGGGGAGCCAGUGACGCUGAAGCUGGUCAAGAGUCGACGAGGACACAUUGCCUCGUUCCAGGCGCUGGUCAAGGCUGAGUCGGCGCUGGCAUCAGACAAGGAAGGCGCAGCACGUCGACUCGAGUCAAUCGUUAGGACGUUUACCGCUGGUGAAACUGCUGGUGGGUAUUUUUCGUUUGUGCAGAAGAUCGCGACAGUACGGCUCUUGGCGUCGAUAUACAACGAGCAGUCGCAGACAGGCAAUGAGGCCCGGCUCGUUGUCAUCGAGCUGUUUCUGUACAUGGAGCGAUUAGUAGCAGAAUGCGGUGACUCUGACAGCGAUACAGCGUCGGUGCCGCUACGUCCUAUUGUUGGCAGGUGCGUGGACUGCUUGCAGCGGCUGGGCGAAAUUGCUCAGGACGACUCCCAAGUUUGGGAAGAGUUGGCACGGAUGCUGGACACUGCGUUCUUUUCGACUAGCUGCAUGCAGAUGCUGGCACUGUCUCUGGAAGUUGCGGCCUAUUUCUCGGUUGACCAACCAGCUGAGAGCCCUCUGGCUGUCUCGCCAGAAGCGACACUGUCCGUCAUGGCUACUUGGCUUGUUGCCAAGCUUUCGGCUGACAUUCCGGCACUUCCAGUGGCAGAGGAGUUUGCCUGUGUGCCACCGAACUGUUCUGACGAGGCAGUAGAUGAAAAGGCAGCUGUUUCCGACACCGGUGCCGAGCCUACAGCUGAUCCGCCCCAGGCCCGAGGAUAGAGACCCAGACUCGCAGAAAACCACUGGCGACAGCACAGAGUCAUUGGACAAGUACACGCUGCUUCUGUCGGCAGUCCAUGAGCUGUUCGGUGAGCGUGGAAUGUGCACUGUGGCC